AUGAGCGCACCAUCUGAAGCAGAGAGACGUGAGCAGGUGCUGUCAGAUUACAGGAAAAAGCUCCUGAAGCACAAAGAAGUCGACACAAAAGUUCGAUCGCUGCGUGAGACCGUCAAGGAGCUAAAGAAGGAGUACGACAAGACUGAGGACGAUCUGAAGGCGCUGCAGAGCGUGGGGCAGAUCAUCGGCGAGGUGCUGCGGCAGCUGGACGAGGAGCGAUUCAUCGUCAAAGCCAGCAGUGGCCCCCGAUAUGUCGUCGGCUGCCGGAACAAAGUGGACAAGGCAAAGCUGACUGCGGGCACACGCGUCGCACUGGACAUGACCACGCUCACUAUCAUGCGCAUGCUGCCGCGCGAGGUGGACCCUAUGGUGUUCAACAUGCUGCAGGAGGACCCCGGCAAGGUGGACUACAGCAGUAUUGGAGGGCUGAGCGAGCAGAUUCGCGAGCUGCGCGAGAGCAUCGAGCUGCCGCUCAUGAACCCGGAGCUCUUCAUCCGGGUUGGCAUCAACCCCCCAAAGGGCGUGCUGCUGUACGGCCCUCCGGGUACCGGCAAGACGUUGCUGGCCAAGGCAAUCGCCUGCAACAUCGAUGCCAACUUCCUCAAGGUUGUGUCGAGCGCAAUCGUGGACAAGUACAUUGGCGAGAGCGCUCGUGUGAUCCGCGAGAUGUUUGGGUACGCGCGCGACCACCAGCCCUGUGUCAUCUUUAUGGAUGAGAUUGACGCCAUUGGCGGCCGCCGCUUCAGCGAGGGCACCAGUGCAGACCGCGAAAUCCAGCGCACUCUCAUGGAGCUGCUGAGCCAGCUGGACGGCUUCGAUGUUGUUGGAAAGGUCAAGAUGAUCAUGGCCACCAACCGCCCCGACGUCCUGGACCCCGCUUUGAUGCGACCGGGACGGCUGGACCGCAAGAUUGAGAUCCCUCUGCCCAACGAGCAGGCGCGGCUGGAGAUCCUCAAAAUCCACAGUAGCAAGCUGGCCAAGAAGGUUGGCGAGGAGUUUGACUGGGAGGCAAUUGUGAAGCUGGGGGAGGGCUUCAACGGUGCCGACAUGCGCAACAUCUGCACAGAGGCGGGCCUGUUUGCGAUCAGGGCUGAGCGCGACUACGUGGUGCAGGAGGACUUUAUGAAGGCGGUCCGCAAGCUGGCAGACACCAAGAAGCUGGAGAGCCAACUCAACAGCGAAUGGACGGACUCAAAAUAG